GUAAAAUUAGGGAUACAACUUAAAGUUAACUCUCAAAAGAAUAAUCAAAGUAAAAAAAGCGUAUAAUAUAUAUUAUUCAAAUCUACUGUCUCCACAAACAUAUUAUGAAGUAUGUAUUGUGUUCUCAGUUUUCGUCAACAUUCCUUGAAUAACUUGUUAUUGUUGUUAAACAAAAAUAUUUAAAAGUAAUUGGCAAUUAUUUGACUAUGUAUAUAUAAUAUAAUUUCACAUGUAAUAAAUGCCUAACGUCUCCCUCGUAUUAGGUUCAUUUAAUUUAAAAGCUGAUUGGAAAAUGACUUCAUUUGACCCAGGUAGUGGCAAUGCUCCUCAACAUAGUUCCGCAUAUAGUGGAACCGGUGGACGUGUUAGCUUGCCUCGUCUCUGGUCCCACACUAAUGCUUUCGGCCCUUAUUAUGGUUCUAUACAUUGUUGAUCAAGUACAAUACGAAGCAGAAUUGUAUUAUGCCAUCAUUGAAAUUACAUUGACAGCUUUGGCUCUCAUUAACUUGUUUAUUGUUGGGAAAUUGAGAGGAGCUAUUUAUGGAUUGUUCUAUAUUGAUUUAAUAAUCGCUUUCGGUAUGGACAUAUAUUACAUGCACAAAGAAAGGGGCUGGACUUUUUGAAAACACACUUGUGCAAUUGAUUUAAAAUCAUUGUGUGAUUAUAACAGGAAAACUCAUAUAGUGACUGUUUAGAGUAUGUAAUGAAUUUCCUGUUAUAUAUUGUGCAGCAUUGAAUGUUUGCAGUGAUAAUGUGACAAGUGAAAGAUUAAAUAGGAAGUUGAAAUCAACAAUGUUUUAUGUAAUGACAGUUAUGUUUUGUGGCUGUAAAAAACUGCUGAAAAUAACUUUGUGGAAUUUAUUCUGGAUAGUUUCGUUUUUAACAUUGGCAACUAUAUAUUGGAAUUAUAAUGAAAAUUACAGUGAAGUGGUAAAUGCAUCGGAAAACCCGUUGAUAAUUUGGUGGACGGAUGGUUUCCCGGGAUCGGCAGAGACUAAAUAUUGUUCAAAUAAUAUAAAAUGUGAUGUUUUUACAAUAGGAAAUCAAACUAAGUUGCAUAAUGUUGCAGCGUACCUAUUUUAUGGCAGCAGUAUUAACUUUGACAAUCUUCCAUUACCUAGAAGACCCAAAGAUCUAAUUUGGGGAUUAUACCAUGAAGAGUCUCCAAGAAAUACAGAAGAACUUUUAAGUGAGAAUGUACUGCAACUUUUCAAUUUUUCUGCAACAUACAGCAGAUACAGUGAUGUUCAUUUUCCUUUGCAAUAUCUGAAUUCUUUUGAAGAUAUUACUGACACGACUUAUUUUGUGAAAACCAAAGAUAAAGAUGAACUUUUGAAUGAAAUUGCCCCCAUUAUGUAUUUGCAGAGUGACUGCGAAACAUCCACAGAAAGAGAUUUAUAUGUACAAGAAUUGAUGAAGUUUAUAAAGAUUGAUUCUUAUGGGGCUUGUUUAAAUAAUAAACAUUUACCUUCGAAAUUCAAACGAGAUUAUUUAAAUAAUUUAAAUGAGGAGUUGUUUUUAAAAUUCAUUGCCAGAUAUAAAUUUGUGAUCUCAAUAGAAAAUGGGGUUUGCGAGGAUUAUAUUACAGAAAAAUUUUGGAGGGCUAUUAAAGUUGGAAGUGUUCCCAUUUAUUUUGGAUCUCCUUCUAUUCGCGACUGGCUUCCGAAUAACAAGUCUGCUGUGUUGCUAGAAGAUUAUCCGUCUCCGAAAUUAAUGUCAGAACAUUUAUACAAACUUUUAAAGAAUAACAACCUGUAUGAAGAAUAUUUAGAACAUAAAAUAAUGCAAAAAAUUUCUAAUAGGAAGCUUGUUGAAGAAUUCCGUUCGAAUCCAACUCAAAUAGAUACUUUAAAAACGACUAACAAAUUUGAAUGUUUAAUUUGUGAGAACAUUCAUGAUAAAAUAAACGGGAAAUCUGCUGUUAAUGUUGUCACCAAAAAGCAUUACAACUGCCCUAAGCCCAUCUCUGCGUUGACUUUGAAGGUAAAUCCAAACAAUAAUUGGGUAUUUUCUCGAGAUUUUGCCAUUGAAAAAGCAAAUAAUAUAUAUAACAAAAUAAUGAAUGAACAUUAAUUUUUAUUAAAUAUUUAUUUUUUUAUCAA